GCGCAGGUGAUCGUGGAGAAGGUGUCGGGCUCGCAGAUCGUGGACAUCGACAAGCGGAAGUACCUGGUGCCCUCCGACAUCACCGUGGCCCAGUUCAUGUGGAUCAUCCGCAAGAGGAUCCAGCUGCCCUCCGAGAAGGCCAUCUUCCUCUUCGUGGACAAGACCGUCCCCCAGUCCAGCCUGACUAUGGGGCAGCUGUAUGAAAAGGAAAAGGACGAGGAUGGAUUCUUGUAUGUGGCCUACAGUGGAGAAAACACGUUUGGUGUCUGACGGCAUCUCCCCUCCUUCGCCUCUUGUAAAUAGCCUGUGGUUUGUGAUCAUGACUCUCCCAUGGCUCAUCCUGCAUCCGUCACUGGGUUGAUCUAAUAUAGAUUUUGGUUUGUUAGACUAGUAAUUUAUAAGAGGUUUUUUCCUGUUGCCCAUUAAGUCCAUAGCCUCCCUUCCUGAGAAACAUUUCAUGGCAUCAUUGUUUAAAUAUUGAAGCAAAGUGGUUGAAAGUGGGAGAGGGGGAUGAAAUGUAUGUUUGGUUAAUUAUUAUUUAAUAACAAGGGAGCUUCUAGGUUAUUCUCAGCAGUAUCAAGAUACUGAUAUGUUGAUGUUGGCUUAUAUGUUCCUCUUGGUGAAUUCCGCUAGAGGAAGCGAUAAUUAAAUCUUAUCUCACAAA